AUGGCGACAAAGAAACAUUUAGUCAAGCUUACACUUCCAUCGGAGUUUCUCAAGACACUUCCUGUCUUUACGCCUCCUAAAACGAAAAGAGUGAAAAAAGUCGCCUCAGACGACAAAAAAGCUAGCAAUGGAUCUGACCACAAAGGAUCUUCUCCCGCUCCAGGAGAAGAGAAUCUGACUCCGAAGAUCAACACAGGUCCGAAAGAGCUGUCUACUGCGGGACUAACUGUCAGCAGUGUGACCCAUUCUCUAGAUAAAUCAGGUGCUCCUAGUAAAAAAUGGGUGCGUACUACACGUCAGUUCAAGUCUUUCAGUGGAUUCAAAACCAAAAUCAAAACGUGGAAACAGAAACCAGAUGCUAAGAAGGAUGUUAAAAUCGAGAAGAACGCUCUGCUUGGCGACUCUGCCGACAAUUCCCUUGCUCCUCCACAUGCGGAAAUCACUGCAAAUUAA